AUGGUCACUGACAAAGGCAGGGGGAUGCUCUCGAAGUCCCCAUGCAACCUGGCACAGAGGCCAAGUCCACAUGGAGGCGGCAGGAGCGUUAGAGAACAUGACACCUGGGCUCAGCAAAGCAGGGACACGGGCCCCAGUACCACCCAGAAGGGGCCCCGCUUCCUCUGCGCCCCGGAGAGGGAUGUUCCCCAGCUCUACUGCCUAAGUGAGGCCCGAGGAAGGCGGCGGGACAGGGCUGAGGACGCUACUCCGGGCCGGGGGCGGAGCAGGGGCGGGGCCGCCGUGGGGCGGGGCCUCCGCCGCGGGGGCGGCCCUGGGCCCGCGGGGCGGACCGGCCGGGAGCCCCGGCAACGACACACGGCGAACGCGCGCGAGCGGGACCGAACCAACAGCGUGAACACGGCCUUCACCGCACUGCGCACGCUCAUCCCCACUGAGCCGGCCGACCGAAAGCUCUCCAAGAUCGAGACGCUGCGCUUGGCCUCCAGCUACAUCUCGCACCUGGGCAACGUGCUGCUGGUGGGCGAAGCCUGCGGGGACGGGCAGCCGUGCCACUCGGGGCCCGCCUUCUACCAUCCUGCGCGCGCGGGCAGCCCGCCGCCGCCGCCGCCCCGGGAUAGUGAGAACGCGCAGCCCAAGCAGAUCUGCACCUUCUGCCUCAGCAACCAGAGAAAGCUGAGCAAGGAUCGGGACAGGAAGAUGGCGAUUCGGAGCUAGAGGCUGCCGGCUAGC